CACUCACACCCAUUGAUGAGAUGCGAUUCCUCGAGGAACUACCGCUGUCUCCUUCUCUGAUUACACAGCUAAACCCUAAUUCAACCGCCAAAGGCUACGGCGGCGGAUGGGUCGAUAGGUGCCAUGGGUUUCUACACAACACGCUUCUCGUCGCUGCUUCUCUCUUCUUCGUGGGUUACUUAGCUUACGAGGCGAGGAAGAGCUUCUCCAAGCUCUCGAAUCGGAGAUCUUUCAUCAUGAUCGGUUACUACGCCUCUCUCUGGCUCGUUAGCUUGCUCAAUCUUGCUUGGUGCUGCCUCCAGGGUUGGGAAUGCUCUCCUGGGAAGGAAGUAGCGUGGAAUCUGUUGACUUUGUUCACAACAUCUGGAAUGCUGUUCCUGGAAGUAAGCUUGGUGGCGUUUCUCUUCCAAGGAAACUAUGCAAGCGGUGCAGAAGCGUUAACUAGAACUUUCCUAAUCUCGGGGUUUGUUAUAGCUCUCGAUUUGCUUCUCAAGGCGAUUUAUGUCUUUGGGUUUGGUGUGUCAUUGUUCAUUGACAACAAUGAAAAUGUACAAAAGUACAAAUGGGGAUUAUGGGUCAUUCACAAGCUUUUACUCACUGGCGUUUAUGGGAUGAUAUUUUCGAUGUACAACUCUAGCUGGAGAGAAAGAUUACCUGCAAGGCCUGCAUUUUACAAGUACAUAACCAUCAUGUUCGCCUUGUAUGGACUCUACCUAAUUGCAUCUGCGUUUUCUGCAAACGGCGCUCAUUUUGGAUUCUGGCUCUAUGGGGUCAUGAGUGUCUGCUACCACGCCUUAUACCUUCCUCUUCUUUACAUUACUUUUCUCGCAGACUUUUUCCAGGAAGAAGAUCUAAACUUGGAGAAUGUAUACUACUCAGAGAUGAAGGAUGCUGGCUUUUUCGAUGCUGAUUGGGAAUAGGACUAGUGUAGCUUCUUCAUCUUCCGAAACUGUGAAUAGAAGUUUGGUACGAACACGUAGGAGUCAAGGUAUUGCCGCUUUUUUCAAGGCUUUAGUUUUCAGUUGUGCGUAAUGAGACUGUAGUAUGUGUGCGUUUGUACUCUUGAAUAAAACAUGUAACAUCAAGGUCCUUUGUUUCUCAAACUGAAUAAUCUAAAAGAAAGCUUUUGUAGUA